ACACAAGUUUGCCGUGACGUAGGACACAGACUGAGGACGGAUUGAAGAUUUUGGUACAAACAAGAAUCGCACACUGGCGUACAGCUUCACUCAACUGCACAGGGACCAUGAACUGGAAUAAAGGCGGGACGGGGGGCAAGCGUGGGUUUGGUUUUGGGGGGUUUGCCCUGGCCUCGGGGAAGAAGGAGGAGCCCAAAGCCCAGAAGGUGUCGCACUCUGCUUUCCCGCCACCGGCGACGGGGGUCUAUGGGAAGGGGCAGCAGCUCCCAGCGUUCUAUAAGAUUGGGUCGAAGAGAGCCAACCUGGACGAGGAGAAUGCGUACUUUGAGGAUGAUGAGGAGGACUCCAGCAGUAUGGACCUGCCCUACAUCCCUGCUGAGAACUCCCCGACUCGGCAGCAGUUCCAGAACAGAACCGGGGGCUCAGACAGCGAGGAGGACCCCCUGGAUGCCUUCAUGGCUGAAGUGGAGGACCAGGCUGCCAGAGAUAUGAGAAGACUUGAAGAAAAAGACAAAGAAAAGAAAAAUGCAAAGGGUAUUCGUGAUGACAUUGAGGAGGAAGAUGACCAUGAGGCCUAUUUCCGCUACAUGUCUGAGAACCCAAUGGCGGGGGUGAUUGCGGACGAGGAGGAGGAUUCCAUCGAGUACGACAGUGACGGGAACCCUAUCGCCCCCACCAAGAGGAUCAUCUGCCCGCUGCCCCCUAUCGACCACUCCGAGAUCGAUUACGCCCCCUUCGAGAAGAACUUCUUCGAGGAGCACGAGGAGCUGACCAGCCUCACCCCCGAACAAGUGGUGAAUCUGAGGCAGAAGCUGAACCUGCGGGUCUCCGGUGCAGCCCCUCCUAAGCCCUGCACCAGCUUUGCACACUUCGGCUUCGACGAACAGCUCAUGCACCAGAUCCGCAAGUCAGAGUACACCAAGCCCACCCCCAUCCAGUGCCAGGGUGUUCCCAUCGCGCUGAACGGCAGGGACAUGAUCGGCAUCGCCAAGACCGGCAGUGGGAAGACUGCUGCCUUCAUCUGGCCCAUGCUGGUGCACAUCAUGGACCAGAAGGAGCUGCAGCCUGGGGACGGGCCCAUUGCCGUCAUCGUGUGCCCCACCAGAGAGCUGUGCCAGCAGAUCCACGCAGAGUGCAAGCGCUUUGGAAAAGCCUAUAACCUGCGCUCUGUGGCCGUGUACGGAGGCGGCAGCAUGUGGGAGCAGGCCAAGGCUCUCCAGGAGGGGGCCGAGAUCGUGGUCUGCACCCCGGGGCGCCUCAUUGACCACGUGAAGAAGAAGGCCACGUCUUUGCAGAGGGUCACCUACCUAGUGUUCGACGAGGCUGACCGCAUGUUUGAUAUGGGCUUCGAAUACCAGGUCAGAUCGGUUGCCAGUCACGUUCGACCAGACAGACAGACCCUUCUGUUCAGUGCCACCUUUCGCAAGAAGAUUGAAAGGCUGGCCCGAGACAUCCUGGUGGACCCCGUCCGUGUGGUGCAGGGAGACAUCGGGGAGGCCAACGAGGACGUGACCCAGCUGGUGGAGGUCAUGCCCAGCGGGCUGGAGAAGUGGGGCUGGCUGACCCGGCGCUUGGUGGAGUUCACCUCUGCCGGCUCUGUGCUCAUCUUUGUCACUAAGAAGGCGAACUGUGAAGAGCUGGCCACCAACCUGAACCAGGAGGGCUGGACCAUCGGGAUGCUGCACGGGGACUUGGACCAGAGUGAGAGGAACAGGGUCAUCUCAGACUUCAAGAACAAGAGCCUACCUGUGCUGGUAGCCACCGACGUGGCAGCCCGUGGCCUGGACAUCCCCUCCAUCAAGACCGUGGUGAAUUACGACGUGGCUCGUGACAUCGACACACACACCCACCGAAUUGGGCGCACGGGGCGAGCUGGGGAGAAGGGCGUGGCGCACACCCUGCUGACACACAAGGACACCACCUUCGCAGGAGACCUGGUCCGCAACCUGGAGGGAGCCAAUCAGAGCGUGAGCAAGGAGCUGAUGGACCUGGCCAUGCAGAACCCCUGGUUCCGGAAGUCCCGAUUCAAAGGAGGGAAAGGGAAGAAGCUGAACAUCGGCGGCGGGGGGCUGGGGUACAGGGAGAGGCCUGGCCUGGGAGCAGACACCUCGGAGUGCGGUGGCAGUACUGUGAUGAGCAACUAUGAAGCAUACAGGCCUGCUUCCGGAGCCAUGGGGGACCGCAUGUCUGCAAUGAAGGCUGCUUUCCAGUCUCAGUUCAAGAACCAGUUUGUGGCAGCCUCCGGUUUCCCUCCUAAGCUGACCCCUGCUAACAGCAGCUCGGAGGGCUGGACCAGCGCGGGCAGCCUGAGCUCUGUUCCCACAGGAAUGCCCCAGGGGGGACCCGGCCAGGAGAGGCUGCAGACCACGCCCUCUGGGGGGGCUCCAGGCUCCCUGGCACUAGGGGGUAGGAUGGCAGGCUUCUCCAGCGCCGGGACCCUCCACUCCCUCCCCGAGAGCUACCACGCCCCGGAACCCCCUCCCCCUGCCCCGCGAGAGGCCAGCAAGGAGCGCCAUGGAGACAGCAGGGGGCGCCAUGCAGAAAGGGACCGCUAUGCAGACAGGGACCGCCAUGCAGACUCCAGCCGACAGGGAACAGGAUACGGCAGCAGCAGCCGCCACGGAGAAAGUCGCAACGGAGAGAGCACCCGAAGAGACAGGGAGGGCCGGGGGGAGAGAGGGAGCAGCGACAGGGGAGGCAGCAAGGAAGACAGUUUUGCCAUCCCAGAUCCCCCGAAGCGCAAGAAGAGCAGGUGGGACAAUUGAGGUGGAAGGAGAGAAGGGAGGACACAUGGCUGGGCUGGUCACUUUAUUAGGAAACCCACCCCCAUGUUGUUGGAAUGAGCCCAAUCUAAACUUUUUUUUUUUUUCUCUCUCAAGUCAGACUCCAUACAGAUCUGCCGCAAAUGCAUUUUAAAUUUUUUUUUUUUAAAGAAGAUUUCUCAUCAGAGGUGCAGGUUGAUUCACACAAGCCUGUCUGGUGUGGUAGGAGAGCACUGUAGCACAGUGAUAGGGAGCUACAACAGCCCAAACUGGGGCUGAUAUCAAUGUGGGGGAGCUGGAGUUGCAUUGGUAUUAGCCCUGCCUGUCCUACAGCAGUGCUCUUCUGUCCAUGACUGACAUCACUUACCCUAAGGAAAGGGGGGGGAGGGGGCCCAGAUGUCCCUGAUACUGUGACUGGGGGAGGGGUACGUGUAGCAGGAGGGGUGUUAUUUAGGUCAAGUGAAGCUUGUUUUUGAUAUUCUGUGAGGGUGUAUAUUCCAUUGUGAAAUUCUUAUUAAAGAGAGAGGGGGAUGGUAUUGAGAGAAAUCGCUUUGUUGAAGUGUCUGAUUGGUACUUUUUCAGGGCUUAUUUACAAACUAUUGCGCGGCCGCAGAGCUUCUUUCUUGUUACUGUUGUUGUUGGGGCAGGUUCGGUGUGUUUUGCUCCUGUGUUGUUUUGUUUGGUCUGUUUUCAGAAAGGUUGCUUCAGUUUGUGUGGAGAGUGAAGCUGAUCGGAGGCUGUGGGACAGGGGACCGGGACCGUGUCCUCCCUCCCCUGUACACAAUAAUUACAGAUCGUAUCGUUCUGUGAUCACUUGGUGAAAUGUUUACAGCUGCCUCUGUUUAAUUUGUAUUAUUAUGUAAAGGCUGUGUAGAUGGCUAUAGGAAAGAGAACUCCACGCAACACUGCAGAGACACUGUAUAGAUGUCUAUAGGAAAACCAAGCUCUUUUUCUGAAAGGGUACUGAAUGGUUCUCUUUGUUUCUAGUUACUUGGUGUGUUAAUUAAAUUCGUACCAGUUUCUAAAAAUUUAAUUGCAGCACUAAACCAGUUGCAGGAGGCAGCACUGGUAAAUGCCUUUAAAGAAAAAUAAAAAUAAUAAAAUGAAGUAAAACCUGAUCUAUCUGCAGAGCUUGAAGUGACCUGCUGGACACAUGAGGGCUAAGAUUAUUAAAACUUUUCUUUUACUGUUGGCCCAGUUCCAUAGGGCUGUGCUGUUCUGAUAGCUUUGUUCUUCAGUGCCCUGCCCGCCAGCACCGGUAUAGAGCCUGUGUGUCUGCUGUAGAUAGGCAGCGCUCGUCUCCUCACAGAGACUCGGUUCAGUAUAGAGAAGCCUGUGUGUCUGCUGUAGAUAGGCAGCGCUCGUCUCCUCACAGAGACUCGGUUCAGUAUAGAGAAGCCUGUGUGUCUGCUGUAGAUAGGCAGCGCUCGUCUCCUCACAGAGACUCGGUUCAGUAUAGAGAAGCCUGUGUGUCUGCUGUAGAUAGGCAGCGCUCGUCUCCUCACAGAGACUCAGGUUUGUGUGUCCCAUGUCUCCCUAAAUGGCACCCCUGUACCACCAGCCGCUCACUCCUUCAGCAGACACUCUCGCACACUCCCAUCUGGAACAGCAAAGUGGACAGUAAGCCAAACAAACAACACAGAAUUGUACAGAGAAACUGGUGUAUUCAUAGUUUUGAUUUGGUUUCUCUCUGGUUGAAGAGGAAAAUGCAGUUUGUGCUUGAAAAACAAUUGCUGUCUCUGUUUCUGUGAAAUAAAAUUCUUAAACUACUAAAA